CACACACACUUGCCUACACGCAUAUGUACCCAAAAGUACACACACACACACACACACACGGGGAAUUAAGUUAAGACGGGCAGGAGGCGGACAAAAAGAGGACUCGCCUGAAGAAGAAAUCGAGACGAUCCCCGCCGAGGUUUCUUCUUCAUGCUCCGCUGCGGUGGGAGCGUCUGAGUCGUGGCCGUCAACGCCGGGUGUCGGGGCCACGGAGGGUGGGGAAAAUGCCAUCUUUUACACGGAGGAUUUGGCCCGGGCUCGUGCUGCUCUUCUUCCCUUCCACUUUGGCUGCAGAUGAAGAGCCGUCGCUGCUGGAAGGCUGGCAUGAUGUCUGGCUCUUCCGCUUUUUUGUCAACAUGUUGGGUUACUCCACCAUCAUCAUCCCUGGCUACCUCCUCAUCAGCUACUUCAAGCGCAUCAAUUAUCUAGAAACAGGGCAUGGUAUUUGCUACCCUAUCAUAAAAGCCUGUGUGUUUGGCACUGAAACCAAGUCAGGUCUGUUAGAUGAUUCAUCGGCAGCUCCCAGGAAUGAGGCGGACUCCAGCUCACCAAUAAAACAAACUGUCAAAUUAAUAUUUUGUGCAGCAGGACUUCAGGCAUCCUACCUGACAUGGGGCGUCCUGCAGGAGAGAGUGAUGACGCGCUCUUAUGGGGCCUCCACCGCUGAGGAGGAGGGAGAGAGGUUCAAGGACUCCCAGUUCCUGGUGUUUAUGAACCGUAUCCUCGCGCUGACGGUGUCCGGCCUUUGGUGUGUCCUGUUCAAGCAGUCUCGCCAUGGGGCGCCCAUGUACAAGUACUCCUUCGCCUCGCUCUCCAACAUCCUGAGCAGCUGGUGCCAGUAUGAGGCCCUCAAGUACAUCAGCUUCCCAACCCAAGUUUUGGCCAAGGCCUCCAAGGUCAUCCCAGUCAUGCUUAUGGGCAAGAUCGUUUCUCGCAAGAGCUACGAGUACUGGGAGUACUUCACCGCUGUGCUGAUCUCGAUGGGCGUCAGCAUGUUUUUGCUGUCCAGCACGGCCAGCAAGCACCCCUCCACCGUCACCACCUUCAGCGGUGUCAUCAUCCUUGUCGGUUACAUCGUCUUCGACAGCUUCACCUCCAACUGGCAGGACAACCUGUUCAAGUACAAGAUGUCCUCGGUCCAGAUGAUGUUUGGUGUCAACCUGUUUUCUUGCCUCUUCACCGUGGGCUCCUUGCUGGAGCAGGGCGCCUUCUUUGACUCCCUGGGUUUCAUGGCACGCCACUCCGAGUUCGCUUUCCACGCCGUGCUGCUGUCCGUCUGCUCGGCCUGCGGUCAGCUCUUCAUCUUCUACACCAUCAACCAGUUCGGUGCUGCCGUCUUCACCAUCAUCAUGACGCUGCGGCAGGCCAUCGCCAUCCUGCUCUCCUGCUUCCUCUACGGCCACGCCAUCACCUUGGUCGGCGGCUUCGGUAUUGCCGUGGUUUUCCUGGCGCUCUUCCUACGGGUGUACGCGCGUAGCCGCAUGAAGCCUGGCCGAAGGUCAGCGCAGCCGCUCACACAGAAGGUGUAGGACUACAAGGUGUCGCACCAAACCGAGAGCCACGUUUUUCUGUGGGGCUUUCCUUGUCUGUUGGUGUUUUACUGUUUGACUUUUUGUCUCUUCUUUUUUUUUUUACUUUUUAACUAUUUCAUUUGCCUUUCAGGUCUAAGGUUUUCUUUAACAAAGGUACAGAAAGGGAUUUUUCUUUCUUUUUUUUUUGAAGGUAUAAGACUUGGCUCUCAUACCAAAAUAUCCUCAAGGUUUUAUUAAGAUUUUAACAAUCAGCAUUCACAAGAUUUUUGAGUGCCUGUAAAAUUGUCAAAUGCAUGAGCACCACACUACUAACUUUGCAAACUCCCCCUUCAAAUCAGUCAAGUUGAAAUAUUUUCAUUUAAACCACCAUAUGUGGCUUAUGCAGCCUUUUAAGUUACUGUGACAAUGAGAGAUGUCUGUGAAGUUCAUGGGACAUUAGUGUCUAAAACACAUGGGCUUUCGCCUGUGCCCAAGCAUCUAUGUAUAUAGAACAAUUUUGUCAAAUCAUGUUUGUCAAGGCAAUGAAACAGUUGUUUUCUUACAACAUGGCAUGGUAGUGUAACAUAAUGUAAGUCAGUAAACCGCCAGGUUAAUAAGACCAACAUUAUAUUCUAUAUAUUUUUUUUUAAAUUUAAUUUUAUUUCACAUUCUUGUUUGUCGGUACUUUGUUUUCACUCCCUCCAUGUAGUUGAAGUGUUCGGGGUGGUAAAUGCACAGCAGACCAUAUUUCUGCACACCAGUCAAAUUUAACCAGCAAAUGAGAUGGGAUUAAAUCCACCAUAUUUUAUUUUUUUUAUCAUUACACAAGCAAAAGGAAGAUAUGUCAACAAAUAUUUUAGAUAACUAAUAAGAUCAAAGAAGGUUGAAUCAGUUCAUCUGGAUACAACGUUUAUAAAUGUUGUAUAAACGUUGUAUCCAGAUGAACUGAUUCAACCUUCUUUGAGCUUGUUAUCUGGAUUAUUGAGCAUGCAUGAGGAUAACUAACAAGAGAUUAUCUGAGAAUUGGUUCAGCUGAUGGAGUUAGAAAUGACCUCCUACAAUAGUUCCUCCUUUGGGAAUUAAAUGUUACAUGGCUGAUUUUUCUUUUCUUUUUUUAUGGUCAGGUCACAUUAUGGCCCCAAUAUAACGAUUUCUAAAUCAGUUAAUUUAUCAUAGGGCUUCAAAUAUAUGCACAGCCCAAUGGGCACACCAAAAUUUUGUAAAAAAAGAAAAAGGAAAAAAAAAAGAAGAAAAGAGUUACUGAUUCAAUAACAGUAACCAAAAUUAGGAUAAUUUAAAAUAUGUUGAACAUAUUGAACUUUUAAUCAUGAUUCACGGCCUUGAAUUCAUCACGUCUUUCGUUUUCACUGCGACACUUAACGGUGUUUCACACACGAGAUGUAACGUGACUAGACAGCUUUUCUAUGCAUUCGUGUCGGGGCUUUUGUUUAACGGCACGGCCAGGCAGUCGGUACGGGUCUGAACGUCGGUAGAUGUGACGAUCUCACUGAGCAGCAAAAACACACUUUGAAUCCCGGCGGCCCGGCGCUCACCAGGCUCCUCCAGCCGGGGUAGCGUGGUCCUGUAUAGACUUGACCACAGGAUCUUAACCAUUUGAAUCUCGUUAAACUGCAGGGUAACUAAUGUUCCUGAGCAUGCCGGUGCAUAAAAUAUUCCUGUCCUCCCCCCUAAAAAGUGUAUUGGUAAGGUUAGGGCGACCUCUCAAAAAACGAAAUCGCAAAAAAUGCUGUAUCUAACGUCAGAAUCGGCUUGAUUGGCCAAGUGUGUCUAUGCACACAGCAGCUUCUAACACCUGCAGACGUCACUCACACACACAAAAACCAAACAAAAAAAGAAAAAGCCCAGAAGAAGAAAUAAAUGGAGCAACGAGACAUUGGACCCAAGCAUGUCGCUCCUAUACAGAGUCCUGUUCUGGUGGAGGAAUCCUCACCUGUAAUGUUGAAGGGCAACCUGACCUGCAACAUACCGCACACUACGUCUCCCUCAAAAUUGAGGGGGACGUAGUGUGAGUUGUCAACACCCACAAGAGUUUCUAACUUGUGAACUGUACGUUUGCUCUGGCAGAUUAAUAUAUUUUGAUACAUGACACCCCUUGGGUCCAUAUUGCAGUGGAUUUAGCGACAUUCUCUGUCCGCUUCUCUGUUUUCACGACACAUUCAACUUGUAAUAUUUAGGCGUUUAGACUGUAGCCUGAAGUCAUUUUAGUGUCACUGUGUUUUCUAAACCAACUCGUCCAUUAGGUGCUCUUGAAAACUGUCCUCAUUGCUGUUUUCAUUGAAUGUUUGGGAGAAUACUGAAUGUGGGUGCUGCACUGUUUGACGGCAGGCUGGAG